CCUCUCCGAUGGCGUCCGCCUCCGGGGCAAUGGCGAAGCACGAACAGAUUCUGGUCCUUGACCCGCCCACAGACCUCAAAUUUAAAGGCCCCUUCACAGAUGUAGUCACUACGAAUCUUAAAUUAAGAAAUCCAUCAGACAGAAAAGUGUGUUUCAAAGUGAAGACCACAGCUCCUCGCCGGUACUGUGUGAGACCCAACAGUGGCAUUAUUGAUCCAGGCUUGUCUGUGACUGUUUCAGUAAUGCUACAGCCUUUUGACUAUGAUCCAAAUGAGAAGAGUAAACAUAAGUUUAUGGUACAGACAAUUUUUGCUCCACCAAAUACUUCAGAUAUGGAAGCUGUGUGGAAAGAGGCAAAACCUGAUGAAUUAAUGGAUUCUAAAUUGAGAUGCGUAUUUGAAAUGCCCAAUGAGAAUGAUAAAUUGAAUGAUAUGGAACCUGGCAAAGCUGCUCCACUGAAUGCAUCUAAACAAGAUGGACCCCUGCCAAAACCACACAGUGUUUCACUCAGUGAUACUGAAACAAGAAAACUAAUGGAAGAGUGUAAAAGACUUCAGGGAGAAAUGAUGAAACUGUCAGAAGAAAAUCGACACCUGAGAGAUGAAGGUGUAAGGCUCAGAAAGGUAGCACAUUCGGAUAAACCUGGAUCAGCUUCAGUUGCAUCCUUCAGAGAUAAUGUCACCAGUCCUCUUCCUUCGCUUCUUGUUGUAAUUGCAGCCAUUUUCAUUGGAUUCUUUCUAGGAAAAUUCAUCUUGUAGAGUGAAGCAUGCAGAGUGCUAUUUUUUUUUCCUUGACCAGAAAAAGAUUUGUUUACCUACCAUUUCAUUGGUAGUAUGGCCCACAGUGACCAUUUUUUUGUGUGUGUGUACAGCGUCGUAUAGGCUUUGGCUCUAAUGAUCUCUUACGGUUAGGAAACACAAUAAAAACUGUUUGGCUACUGGACAAAUUGUAUAUUACAAAAUCAUCACUAGCAGAUGUCAAUUGCACAUUCAAGUCCUUUAUGAAAUUCAUAAAUAAAGAAUUGUUCUUUCUUUGUGGUUUUAAUAAGAGUUCAAAAAUUGUUCAGAGUCUUGUAAAUGUUAUUUUAAUAAUCCUUCAAAUUUUAUCUGUUGCUGUUACCUCUUGAAACAUGAUUUAUUUAGAUUGCUAAUCCACUCAUUCAGGAAAUGCCAAGAGGUAUUCUGUGGGUAAAUGGUGCCUCUUACAGUGUAAAUUUUCUCCUUUACCUUUGCUAAUAUCAUGGCAGAAUUUUUCUUAUCCCUUGUGAGGAAGUUGUUUUUCAUUCUAAUAAUCCUGUCCCAUGGUAUUUAACAUUUAAAAGAAUAAUAAUAAAACUGUUAACAGAUUCUUGCUCGAUA